AUGUUUGUACAACUUGAUGUAUUUAAUUUCCAAAUAGUCGUCCAAUAUUUUUAUUUUGAAAAGGAUUUUAUUAACUCAAUUUUAAUGUGCAAAAAAUUUUCUUUCAUUUUAGACCGAUUUCGAUACAACCCGAUACAAGUGGAUAGCAAAAGAUUGUUUCCAUAUAUGGAAACACAGCAUUUAUACGAUUUUGGUGUUGUUUUGAAUGAUAUUAAUAAUAUUGUUUUAUGGAAACCGGUUUCUUUAACCGAUUCGAUAGAUAUAUCAACUCAAUGUCCUUGUACAUUUAAAAACAUUUCGGUAUCUUUAGUUGAUAUUUAUAACAAAAAGAUAACAACAUACACUGAGCUUCAAAAACUUUUGAACAACACAAAUAUUAAAUCUUAUGGCAAACAUUUGUUUUAUUUGUUUGGUGUUUCUGAAGUUAUAAUACCAAACACGGUAACAAGUUUACAGUUUUAUACUUUUCAAGAUCAUAUGAAACUUGAAAGAGUAACGCUCUCUGAAAGUCUUAAGGAUAUUCCAAACGGUUGCUUUGAAAAUUGUGUUCAAUUAAAAAAUAUCAACUUUCCGCCUUCAAUAACUGGAAUUAAAAAUAAUUCUUUUUAUAAUUGUGGAUUUGAAAGACUUAUAAUUCCAUCAUCGAUUUAUGUUAUUGAAAAUUCAGCUUUCGAGAAAUGUGUAAAACUUGUAGAUGUUAAAAUAUCAAACAACGUAAAAAUUAUUGAAGAUUAUGUGUUUCAAUUAUGCACAAACUUGUCAAAAGUUGAACUCCCAAAAAAAUUAAAAUUUAUCAAAACUUCUGUGUUUAAUGGAUGCAUUCAACUUGAAUAUGUUAAUAUACCAGAAAGUGUGUGUUAUGUUGAUUCACUUGCUUUUAAUAAUUGUAAAAAGAUCAAAGACCUCGUUUUUAAUCAAAAGUGCUAUAUAGCAGACAACGCUUUUAAUAAUUGCACGUCUUUAACUAAACUUGUUGUGCCAACUUUAAAUAAAAAAGUGAUAAAUCAAGUGUCAAAAGAAUGUAGUAAGAUCGUAAAAAAGUUUUAUGAUAAUUAUGAGUAUACAAUGGAUAAUAAUUCUGAAUUGUACAAUAACCAAUUUAAAGAAAAUUUGGACACAAAUACAACUAAAGAAGUUUGUUAA